CUCUUUGCCUGCCUCCCUUCCCUGCUGUUUGGCUUGCUUCCCUUUGGAGAGCGCCACCUGUUGGAUCCGAGCGGGAGGCGCAGCGGUCCCUGGGGAGGGGAACAGGAUGCGAUGGCGAGUGAGCCCCCCAGCGCCCGGUCCGUGGCCCCCCCGGCGGGCCCCCCUCCUCCCCCCCGCCUGACCCGGCUGACCUCCGGACCCUGGAAGCGCCCCGCAGGAGGGGGGGCCGCCCCACACCCCUCCCCCUGCGCCCCCUCCCCCUCCACGGGCCCCCGCUUCUGGGAGGGGCAGGACGUGCUGGCCAGGUGGACCGACGGGCUGCUCUACCUGGGCACCAUCAAGAAGGUGGACCCCUUGCGCCAGGUCUGCCUGGUCCAGUUUGAGGACGACUCCCAGUUCCUGGUGCUCUGGAAGGACAUCAGCCCAGCGGCCCUUCCUGGGGAGGAGGCCUCCUGCUGCGUCUGCCACUCCGAGGCCACCGGGCCCGAAAACCGGCUGGUCAGGUGCGCCAAAUGCAGCCACGCCUUCCACCAGGAGUGCCACUUGCCCCGGGUGCUGAGCGAGGGCCCAUGGAUGUGCCGCCAGUGCGUCUUCGCUGUGGCCACCAAGCGUGGGGGUGCGCUGAAGAAGGGCCCCUACGCCAAGGCCAUGCUGGGCAUGAAGCUGGUGCUCCCUUACCAGCUGAAGGCCCUGGACUGGGACCCUGACCACCUCACCAACCGGCAGCAGUGCUACUGCUAUUGCGGGGGGCCCGGAGAGUGGAACCUGAAGAUGCUGCAGUGCUCCCAGUGCUCCCAGUGGUUCCACGAAGCCUGCACCCAGUGCCUGAGCAAGCCCCUCCUCUAUGGGGACCGGUUCUACGUCUUUGAGUGCUGCGUCUGCCGGGGGGGCCCUGAGAGUGUCCUGCGGCUGCCCCUCCGAUGGGUGGAUGUAGCACACCUGAUCCUGUACCACCUGAGCAUCUGCUGCAAGAAGAAGUACUUUGACUUUGAGCGGGAGAUCCUGCCCUUCGCCAGCGAGAACUGGGACAGCCUCCUCCUCGGAGAGCUCUCAGACACCCCAAAAGGGGAGCGCUACAGCCAGCUCCUGAACGCUCUGACCGGGCACAAGGACAGAUUCAUUUCUGGGAAGGAGAUCAAGAAGCGCAAAGGGCUCUUUGGGCUGCACUCGAGGGUCCCCCCACCGGCCCCCCAUGUCACGGACGGAGGGCUACCCCUCAUUUCAGAGGACAGGUUCCUUUCAGGGCAGGGCAGGCGGGGGAAGGGGCCGCAGAGGGGCCUCCGGGGGGCACAGAGGCAGCAGCAGCAGCAAAGCAGGCGGAGGAGCAGCAGGCAGCGGCACAAGGACAAGGACAAGGAGAGCAGCAGCAGCAUCCAGGAGAAGGGGCCGCCACAAGAAGCCCCUGCCCAGGAGGUGGCCCCGACCCCGGCCAGCACUAGCCAGGGCCACAGCGGCGGCGGUAAUGGGGGCAACGAGGGCGGCCCCUCCAGCACCUACAACUUCCGCCGCACGGAUGCCCGCUGCCAGGACAGCGCCUCAAUCCGGAUGUUCGCCUCCUUCCAUCCCUCGGCCAACACUGCAGGGACCUUGAGCACAAACAGCAAUGGUGGUAGCAGCAGCAGCAGUGGUAUCUCCUUGGAUCCUUCUGAUGCAGCAACACUUGCGCCCGGCUCUUCCUCUUCCUCAGCGGCCCCCGAGAGCCCUCCUGAGCGGCGUCCCCCCAGCGCCUUCCCUCCCCCGCGCACAACCCCCAAGCGACACCCCCCUCAGCCCCCGCCCCCUCUUCCACCACCACCGGCACCCCCUCCCUCUUCUUCUUCAUCUUCCUCCUCUGCGGCCCCGUCUUCCUCUUCAUCCUCCUCUACCAGCAGCUACUUCGGGGCCAUGGGGCGCCUGGCACGCGGGGAGGCCGUGCGCAUCCUGGCCCGGAGGGUGACCACUGAGGGCACCGUCCAGUAUUUGGUGGAGUGGGACGGAGGGGGCAUGUUCUAGACCCUCGGCUUUGAGGGGGGAAGGAGGAUGAAGACGGAGAGAUAGGGGUGUUGUCUGCAGUUCUGACUGCAUUCCGGAACGAAGGAAGCGCCAGCCAUCCCUUGGAGUUCCCACUGCAUUCCAGAACGAAAUGGGAGAGGAAAUACCAUUGCUCGCAGGGCUGACUGCGCUCCAGAACGAAAUGGAAGAGGAGGAAGAGGAGGAGGAGGAAGCGCUCCUGGAGACAGAAUGGACUCCCGGCCGGAACGCGGGGAGACAGAGGAGAGGGCGGGGAAACCCGUGCACGGAGCAUCAUAGGAAAUGACUCUGGACACGGGCACCACCUUGAGAAGGCCACGGACUAUGAGCCGCUUCCUUUCCUCUCACGAGGAAAAAGGAAAAGAAUCCGAGGUGUGGAGCUUCCUAGCAGGGGAGGAAGAAGAGGAGGAGACGAGGAAGAGGAGGAGAAGCCCCCUUUUCACCAGCGACACUUUGUUUUGCCCCGUCCAGACUUUCGGGGGGGAAUCUUUGCACAAGAGUUUUGAUUUAGGUUUAUUUUCUAAAGGUUCAUUAGGUUAUAUUUAAGAGGCGGGGGGGGGGGGGGGGGGGAAGGGGGUCCCGCCCCUCCUCCUCCUCCCUCGCCCCCAUUUAGCCUGCAUCCGCAUUUCGUAGCUGCUGCCUUUGCACCGCCGUUGCUGCUGCUGCUGCUGGACUGACUCUGUACAAAAACUGCAAAUAAAAAGAGCUUAAAAAUAGAAAGUAA